GACAGCAUUUUGCCGAUCACGGAGAGCGGUCGCCAGAGCUCAGGCAGCUAGCAGCACCCUUCUACUUGGGGGAACCACGGGAAAAUACUAUUCGCAAAACCCUUGCACUUGUGACGGAUAUUUUAUCGACACACAUUUUGAAUAAACAAUUCUAAACAUUCAACUGGUGAUGGAGCUCCUCAUUGGAUAGUGUAUCUGUCGUUAAUGCAAGCGAAAUUCUUUAUCUCGGUUGUCAGUGAAACAUUUAAGGCGAACAGUUUGGGCGCCUCUUUAUCAGCUUGGUUUGGAUUUGUUCGCAACUCAACUGAAAAUAGUUGAUCAACUUUGGGAAUUCGUUCAAUGCUGUGAACACUCGUUUAGUUCUCAUCAUGUAAAAUUGGUGAUGAAUCAAAGUCCUCUGUGAAAUGGUUUUUAAUAUGGAUAAAUAAUCGAACAUUCUUUGGACAUCAACCAAUAAUUUCGUUCGUGGAAUUUCUCAGAGAAAUGAUUAUGGAAAAUCAACAGAGAAGAAGCCUUUUGGAUUUGCUGAGGAUUGGACUAUUACUGAGUACAAUGGCAACUGGGACCAGUGGAUCUUGUAGUCUUCUUUCAAUACCUACAACGGGAACUGCAUGUAGUAUAAAGACCUUUACUGAAUGCAGUGCUGCUGUAAGAAGUGGAAUUACAGUGACAAGUGCCACCGUCUCCCACUCUGGAACCAGCGUGGACGCCACUGUAGCAGCUAAUGACAUCAUACAUUGUAGCGAGAAGUCAUGCAUAGAGCUAGCUUUCUUUCUCCUCGUCCACUACUCAGAACAGUUCUGUGUGACGUUGGAGGACUUUGGAGGCCUUUACCCGUUAACAGCAGAGAUCACAGUUUCUUAUUCAGGUGGAAUUCAACCAGACUUCUUAGCUAGUUUUACUGGAUUGGGCGGUUUGAGCUAUUUCAAUGGUAAUUAUUUUACUGGCUGUACAACAUUCACUUUCUCGUCCCUAACUUCGAGUGUAUCUGUGACACCAAGUGCGGACUCAAGCCUUACUCAAUACACCAACGGGGACUGUGAUGAGCAACCAACGACACAGCCAAUGACACCACCAACAACGACGCCAGCAACGACGCAGCCAACGACGACUCCAACGACACAAUCAACACAGCCAGCGACUUUACAACCGGAAACGACAUUUGCAACUGCAACGCCAGCAACGACUCCAACGACACAAUCAACACAGCCAGCGACUUUACAACCGGAAACGACAUUUGCAACUGCACCGUCUUCGGCAGCACUGUCUGCUACCACAUCUCUUGGAACUACUCCUGGAGGUGAUAGGCAUUGUGGAACAUUCAAAAUUGGAGACUCCUAUGAGAACUGUCUGCCUAAGAUAUCGCCUUGCAUUAUCCCUGAUUUCAAUGCGAGUGAAAUUACUGUGGUCAGCGCAACGUUGCGGAUGUCUCAUGAACCAUCUGAGGACAUCACCCGACUUGUACAAGGCGUCAUUGCGUGUAGCCAGGAUGCUUGUGAGGGCGCUAUAUACGAGGUCAUCCAACUGUAUUCCAGGGUCGAAUGCCUGAGUGCAGAGGAAGGAAUGGAGACCAUUUCUAUUGACAUUGAAUACACAUAUGAAUCCGUUACAUUCAACAUCCAAGCAGACAGCAUCUUCACCAUUGAUGAAGACGGUUUGCACACAGAGUUCUGUGAUAAUCUUUACUACCAAUCAAGACCAAAUACAACUUCACAUACAAUUGAUGAUGACCCUUUCGACUGCGCCUUACUUGAUGAAUCGAGGUAUGGCGAUUCAUCGACCACCGACACACCAGGCUCUACAGAGACAAGAAGAGGAUGUCCUCGGGUGACUAUUGACUUCGUGGAAGACAUAUCAAUAGGAGCAGAUUCUUGCGGGCCAACGUUCUUCAUUGAAUCUGACUCACCAAGUGUUACGAACGCUCGGGUGUCCUUCGAGUCCCAGGACCAGAACGAAGUUGUUGGAGGAGCCAUCAAUGUUAGCCAGGACGGGAUCGACUCCUCGGGCAACCUCCUGCAUGUCGUCAGUUUGGUCAUGAUCAUCGACAUCGAGGAUGGGAAUUCAACCCUGGAUCUCAAUGGUUCCGUGACCAUUGAUUUCGCCGUAAAUCUUACAGGCUCAGGCAAUAUUGUUUACUGUGCCUUUAUCGUCAAUGAAAGCUCUGGAGUCUGGUCUAGUAGCGGUAUGGAAGUGGUGUCAGCAAACUCCACUUUGGUACGAUGUCGCAGCAAUCAUCUCACAAGCUUCGCCGUUCUCCUAUCAGCUAAGCCACCCAAAGGACUAAACGCCGUUAUCCAAAGCCACCUGUCCAGAAUCAUGGGUUCGCUGUCCGUAUUGUGCCUGACACUGGCUCUCUUCAUUUACGUUGCCACAGGGACAUGGAAGCAACUGAAGAUUCAGAUUCAUAUUAACCUUGCUGUCUCAACAGCCUUGGGUCAGCUUCUCUUUAUGACCAUGGCAGAAAUGACUUGGAAUCGUAUCGUCUGCAAAACCAUUGCCGUGACCCUUCAAUACCUCUUUACCUCGGCUCUCGCUUGGACGAUGAUAGAGGGCGUGUUUCUGUAUCGUACAACUGCCGUGGGCUUCAAGCCUCUUCGCAUUGGUUGGCUGAGUCUGUUUGCUUGGGGAGGCUCACUUGUUGUUGUUGGAGUCUCAUUCGGUGUUCUGUACGAUGGCUACGGAUCCACUAGCUAUUGCUGGCUUCGCCAUGAUGAUCACACCAUCUACGUCUUCGUCGGAUGCGUCUUUGCCGUUCUAUUGUUCAACUCGAUGAUCCUUUUCUUUGUGAUGAAGUCCUUCAUGGCUCUCAAAGCCAAUGCCAAGAAAGACGAGUUGGAGAAAUUCAAGGCAAUGACUCGUGCCAUGCUGAUACUCCUUCCAAUACUGGGUCUCACGUGGUUUGCGGGGGCCAUCACAAGUAUCACCAAAUCUGAUCACGUGAUCUUCUUUCAAUAUCUUUUCAUCAUCUCUUUCGGAAUGCAGGGGAUCUGUAUUCUCAUUUUCCACUGCCUCCAAGUGCCAGAUAUUAAGGCGGUAUUGAAAAAUCGAAUACAUCGACGAGUUAAGGAUAGCUCCUGGACAUCGAAAUCAGGAGUCCAAAGGUCUACUACAGUUACUUCUACUUUUUGAGCAAAAGAGGGAAGAAAAUGUUUCCCUGUUGGAUAACGGGGUCGAUGCUCGAUAGGCCUGAGUGUUAUACAGUCACAUCUCUUCAGACUAUGGCUAACGUUGACGCAAUGCAUGAACUAUCGUGACUAAGUAAUCAUGAAAAGUUGGAGCAUUUUGAUUGAUAAAAUUUUACUUUGUAUGAUAAAGCGUGUUGUCUUGCCUUAUAAAUUCACCUUGAAAAAAUAACCUUGCUUUUUACCUUGACAAAAAUAUCUCCUAACGUAAUAUUAAAGCAUGUGAAUUGUCUAUGUUCUUACUAAGUUAUAUGGAAGUAGUUGUGCGCAUGAGUUGCUAAACUCGAGAGAAAUUGAUGGAAUUAAUUAAUCAUUUAUAGUUGAAUACACAAUGACUGUGUUCGCGAGAGUGUAUGAUAUACACGCAGUAAUAUAGGAAUAUCUUUGGUCCAGCGAAUGUGAACAACAUGUGACCUGCAUUGCUAACGGUGUAGCUUUUUGAUUUAGUGAUGGGUACGAUGACACUCUUUCGACUCGUCAAGAAUGCCAGAUGGCGCAUUAAUUUGGCCAUAUCACUUGGUCAAUAUUGAGGUCAUAUAUCUUGUAAAUAUGUGUGAUUGUAUUUAUUUAAUUUAUUUGUAGCUUUAUCUACACAGAACAUCACAUAAAUUUUAUAGUAUACAUAAUUCAUACCCUCAUGAGUGCUUUAUUUUUCAUACGAAUUUAGUUCUGUGAAGAGGGGGCACUGUCAAGAAACCUAUAUUUUCGCAUGAAAUAUUAAUAAAAAAUUGUAAGUCAUAUAAUGAUAGAAUAAUUUUAUAUCCAUGUAUGUGUGCAUUUCAGCCAAGCUGUGUACAGAUGUAUAUACAAACAUUAUUAUAUUGUUUCGGUGUACUAACGUAUUUUUUAUUCGUUUAUUUAUUUUUAAAAUUAUUUUUUUGUUGUUGGGGGUGGGAUGAUUUAGCUUAUUGUCGCCGUUUAGUGGUAUUUUCUUUUUAGAUAUCGAUUUUUCUUAAGGUUAGAUCCUACAAAAGUAAUUCACUAAUGUAACAAAAAAAAUUGAUGUUAAUAAAAUAUUACAAGUUUGCUAUAUUUUCUUGUAUUCAUUUAGCACUUGACAUAAUACGAGCUAAUAUAUAGAUAUUGAACCGAAAGCGAUUGCGAUUCUAGAUCGCCAUAAAAUAUCAGGGUUCCAAUUAGCCAACAGAGGACACUUAAACUUAAUUUGGUAAUCAAAUUUUAUUUUUUAUGAAGACUCAAAUGAUGACAGAAGAAGAAGAUUUCAUUGCUAAAAAAUAGAAAUUCAAUGUCCCUAGGUUUACAUAAAUGUACCUUUUAUUCGUGCUAAUAAUGUGGUGAAUGAUAUAAAUGCAUAUCCUUGAACCUUGAAGAUUAAUCCAUUUUAGCAGCUUCAAACCUAUCCCGGGAUGAAAACAUUCUGUGUAUCAGUGCGAGGUGCCAUGGUGAAGUAAUUUGAAAUAAGUGAGUGCACCAUGCAAGUAAAAGAUGCCUCUUGGUUUACAGCAUAAGAGGGCCACAGGAGGCUGCAUCACACGGAUAAAUGGCAGUGCUGCCUCUCUAAAUACAGCUGGGUUUGUUCCUAUUACAAGAGAUCCUGGUAAAGGUGAUUCAAAAUGUUGACAGUACGCGGGAAGAAAGAGGGCUUGUAGGUAUUUGUGGUUGCUUUCGGGAUAGCAUAUUUAAGGCUGUUAUCAUGUCGUCCCAUAUACAGCAGUACUAUUUUGAUUUUUAAAAAGAAUACUGAUUAAUACUGGAAAGGUGGGGGAUUAAGACGCAAUUUCUUCGAAAAGAGUUAUUAGUGUUUUAGUGAUUGUGUAGUGGAAGCGAAAGUAAUGUGCCUUGUUCUGCCUUAAGUUUUACAGAGUCGAUGAUUUUAUGUAAAAUACAAUAUAUAGACUCAUAUUUCAUUAAAACCGUUAUAAAUGUAACUAUCAGGACAACCAUAAUAAUCAGGCAAAAUAUUCUAUUAAU